AUGGAGACGCUGCUGCAGGCCGUCGAGUCUCGCGGCUCCAGCCUGACGAGCUGUGUCGUCCUGGAGAGGGACGCCCCCUCCAGGGAGGCCGCCUCCUCGCAGCCGCACCUGCUCUGCUGCCAGAUCUGGAGGUGGCCCGAGCUGCAGCAGGGCUCCGAGCUGAGACCGCUCCCCAUGUGCAGCGCCGGGAGCAGCCCGUCCACCAUCUGCUGCAACCCCUACCACUGGAGCAGGCUCUGCAGGCCUGUGCCCUCGCAAGUUUUCAUCGCUCUUUUAGUUGCAUUUGCUCACGCCUCUUCUCUUUCUUUUUUUCUCGCAGACUGUGCCCCGAGUGAGGGCGGCCAGGAGGUAGCGGUGGCGCCGCCGUCGCCGCCGUGCGAGGACCCCCUCCCCGUCGACGAACCCGACGAACCGUGCAAGGACGCGGCCUGGGGCCGCACCCCGCCGCGGUGGCAGGACUGGCAGAGCUGGCAGGGCUCGUUCUCCACCAACGGUGAAGGAGGUGGCAGCGGGCCGGGGUCGUGGUGCCAGCUCAAGUACUGGGAGCUGGCGGACCGGGUGGGGCGCCUGUACGAGGUGCAGAACCCCUACGUCAAUGUGUCGUCGGCGGCGGAGCCCGCCAACCAGGGCCUGUGCCUCGCCACCCUGGCGCAGCAAGCGCCCAGCAGACCCGCCGGCUCGCCGCUCGCCAGGGCCGUGGAGAGGACGCGCGCCAAAAUCGGACUUGGCGUCACGUUAUCCCAGGAGGCGGACGGCGUGUGGGCGUACAACCGGUCGGACCACCCCAUCUUCGUCAACUCGCCGACGCUAGACGACCCCGAGUCCCGGACGCUGCUGGUGUAUCGGGUGCCUCCCGGCCACUGCCUCAACAUCUUCCGCGCCGACACCACGACCCAGUACUGGGAGCGGUGGCGGCGCUGCAACGAGCUUGCCCACUCGGGCCCCGUCGACCCCGGCGCCGUGCGCAUCUCCUUCGCCAAGGGCUGGGGGCCCAAGUACUCGCGCCAGGAGGUGACGGCGUGCCCCUGCUGGAUAGAGGUGCUGCUCAGCCCCUGCAGGUGACACCGCCUGCCAGCGGCCAGGACCCCGACGACACUGGGAGCGAACGCCAGUACAAGAAUCGAUGCAUUUUCUGAAACCUGUAUGCCGCUCGGACGAGAGAACCACAGACCCAUCGGGGAAUGCCACUUUGGAAUUUGGUGCAAGGUGGAAGCUUGAAUGCCGUUUCCAGGGUACUUGUGCAUUCCUCGUUUCGUUUUUAUUUUUUGUUAUUGUUGUUUUUUGUUCUGCCAUUGUCAAAAUCCACUCCUAUUUAUAUUUAAAAGUUUUUAAGUGGCUUUUCUUUGGUGUAUUUGUACUGCAAUUUACGCAAACAUGUUUUCUACAGUCAAUAAUUUUGUUAUCUGCUACUUUUGUUGGUAAUUGUUUUAUAAUUUUAUUUGUGAGGAUCCAUUGUGCCCUGUGAUAAGCAAAGCUUGUUAAAGAUUUCUCAUGGAGGAAUAUGGUGACACGUCAGAUGGGAAAGGAGGAGGAGUAGAUGAAAAUACUGUGAUGUUUGAAAUUAUUUAGUGUGUUUUUCCCUUGUUAUUUCUUCCAAGAAGGAAAGCAAAGGAACUUGUCUUGGUAGAUUUACCAACUCGUUUUAUUAAGUAAAAUUUAGCAAGUACCAUUACCCUCAAAUGGCCUUAAACUUUAUAUGAACAAUUCAAUUAAUGCAGUUGACUGAACGGUAUUCAUAAUUGUAGUAAUGUCAAGCCAUCCAACAAAUGCAAUGUGAAUGGAGGUAUGAGAGCUUCUUAUCUCAAUAUUUUUUCAUCCUCACUUAAUAUUAGAUAUUGUGGAAAUUAUUCAAAUAGUGCAUAUGACAUUAAAAUUUUAAAGAGAGAAUCUUGAACUACUGAAUUUGAGUGUUCAGUUUUGGAGAGCUAAAUUCAAUGCACCAAUGUUGCUGUACCCUUUCUUCUUUGAUCACUUCCUUUCCAAUUGCUAGUUUAAAUUAAAAGAAACUAGAAAUCAGGGUCUAUGUGUAGUAAAUUGGUAGUGACUAUCUUAUCCAAGGAUCAGUCCACUUUGGAUACAUAAAGUGCUAUGCGCUAGCUAAAUUAUAAGUGAUUUACAAAUGUUUUUUCAGGUUUGGAAAAAUUGUUUCUUUACCUCUUGUAUUUUGUACAAUUGAACUUUCAAAGCUUAUAUUUAUUUUAAAGGUAUACAUUAUUUAAUAUCAAAUUUUGUGUACUAUGCACUGGAACCCAAAUUUUAGAAUUAAUAUUCAAAAAUUGUGAAAUAACAUAGAAAUUUCAGUGUUGUGUAAAUGUAUCGGUAUGUUUAGGGUCAAAGCUGUUGUUUAAUUUAUAAAAGAACUGCCCAAGUAUGGAAUGAUAUGAAGUGUGGGUCCAAUGUAACCAGAAUGUAAUUUAACCCUCAUUGUGCUAUGAGAGAGGGUUGUACCCUUGUCCGUCCAACAAUGCCUAGCAAUUGUUAAAUUGCUUUCCUAGACUGAACAAUGUGAAUUGUGAAUAGGUUCCAUGACAAGAACCUAGCAAAAGCGAGCUAUAGUCUUGUGCCAUUAUAAAAGACAUGAAAAGCACCUUGCCAACUUGCUGUGACACAAAGGAGAAAGUAGUAACUAGUCUUACUUGAAGUGUCUGCCACCAUAAUGCAAUAUCAUUGCAACCAGAAGAUUGUGUGACCUGUGGAGGCAUAGUCAUUUGUAUGUUAAGGUUUCCCCUUUUCUCAUUAUUUUUACUUUUACAAACCUUGAUACGUAUUUAUAUACCAGUGGCCUACACAAUUCAAAGUAUAGCAGGACCAUGACUUGACUAACAUCUAAGCAGCCUUGAGAGGAACACACUUUUUCAUUUUCUUUUUAUGGAACUUCAAUUUGUUAUUGCCAGAAUUUUAUUUCGUAGACAGCAAGGUGCUCUUUCCUAAUUCAGGUUUUAACUUUUACUAGCCUUCUAGUACAAUUUUUGUAUUAAGUUCACUGGCACAAUAUGCAACAUGUUUCCUUAAAAUCUAAUUCCAUUCUGUUUUGAGUACUUUUGUUUUUCCUUAAAGCAUCAACUUGAUGAGCUUUGCUUUGCUUGAUCUUCCUAUGUGGAGUACAGCUGGUGAGGCUACAAAAAUGUCAUCAAGUGCUCAUAGAUGUACUUCACAUUCCAACUAGAUGAGAAUUGAAUAAUUGCAGUUGUUUCCAAUUUUUUGUUAGAAUUUUCUUGUACAAAUUGUUGGAGCAGUUGAUCUGACCCAAUAGCUCCCGAAACAUUGGAAAAUCCUUUUUCCUCCAGACAAAAGAAAGUUUGCGUUUUUAUUCGUUCCUCUAAAAUAUCAUUAAUAAUGCAACUGUCUCUUUCUGUUUAUUUUUUUCUGUUUGUGAUUUAUUAUCUAAUGUUGCUCUCGUUUUUCAAUCUUGGUAUGAAUAUCCCCUAUCUGUUAUUUCUUUACUUAAAAUUUUAACACUCCAAAUUUGUCUGAGGCCUGCUCUCAGACAAAUUUUUACUCUGCAUAUUUCAUAUUCCAUCUAAAGCAUUCAGCAGAAAUUUUGUGGACACUUUUAAACAAUUUCUUGCUACAUGUCCUGUACUCUAGUUUUGAUACCCAUUUACUGUUUUUUUUUCUUUUGUUGUUAAGGAAAGAGAUCAAAGAGAUCUGAAUGUAUGUUAACCUCCUUCAAAAAUUCCUACUUGCUUUACCAAGUUUAUUUUAGGUUUGGUGAUUGACUUGUUGUGAAACAAUCAAACAGUCCAUGCUCUUACUACCUCAAACAUGUCAACUUCAUUUAAAUUUUCAACCAAAUAAGAUGUCAUAAGUUUGACCUUAAAUUUUGAAGGCAUCAUUCUUUAAUGUGAUUUACCAUAAUUUGUGGGAUAUUUUCUGAAAACAUUCAAUUUUAUUGAGGUAUUUCUAAAAUUUGCUUCUAGUCAAAGAUGCUCUGACUUCAUAUGUGCUGGCGCUUUCUGAAUUUUUCCUUUAAAACUUGAUCUAAUCAUGAAGACUUCAUUGUAUUUCAUGGGGUACUGAUUAGAGUUAAUAGUGACAUCCUGUUUCUUCUACCUGCUAUUUAAAGCAAUCACUAAAUGCCUUGGGCAAAAUAUUUCAUUCCAUUUUGUUUUAAGUCUUGAGACGUAAAGUGCCAAUUGUUCAAUUUGAUCAGAUGACUAUUACAAUUUUGAUAGCGAUUGCAAAGCACGAUCUUUGUUUUAUACCGCUCUUGUAAGCCAUUGAUGUUUUUUCUUCUUAAAAUGUACAGAAACUUAUUGACACAAAAAGGGUUUUUAGUAAGUUCAGUCCUGCUGAAUAUUUGUGAACUGCAUCUUUCCAACAAGCUUUUGACAGAUGUAAAAGUACUUCAGUUACAAGUCACAAAUAUGCAAAUAAUUGUUAUAAAAAGUUUUUGAAAUGUGUACAUGGCCAGUGAUGAUAAGCUACAAUCAGAACUAAACAAUAAGUUGGUUUUCUACUUUGAAUUGUAUAAAAUGUAUCUAUAAAAAUAACAGGGAAAAUAUAGAUUUCUCAAUUACUUUCAAA